AUGGCUGCACUCAUCGCUGAGAACUUCCGCUUCCUCUCCUUGUUCUUCAAGAGCAAAGAUGUAAUGAUCUUCAAUGGUUUGGUGGCCCUGGGCACAGUGGGGAGUGAAGAGCUCUUCUCAGUCGUUGCCUUCCACUGCCCCUGCUCCCCUGCUCGCAACUACAUCUAUGGGCUGGCUGCUAUUGGUGUCCCAGCCCUAGCCCUCUUCCUCAUUGGCGUCAUCUGGAACAACCACACCUGGAACCUGGUGGCCGAGUGCCACAAGCGUGGCAUCAAGAACUUCUCUGCUGCUGCCACCUUCCUCCUCUUCGGUUCCAUAAUGGGCCGGGCAGCCGUGGCACCUGUCACCUGGUCGGUCAUCUCGCUGCUGCGUGGGGAGGCUUACAUCUGCGCCCUCAGUGAGUUUGUUAAGCCGUCCUCCCUGGACAAGUUCCCAGCUGAGUAUGGGGCUGAAGUGUUGGCCAGGUUCCCCUGCAAGGAUGUGCCAGCAAACCUCACUAAGUUCAGGGAUGAGGUGACGCGUAGGCUGAGAUACGAGUCCCAGCUUUUUGGCUGGCUGAUCAUCGGCAUUGUGGCAGUCCUGGUUUUCCUCACCAAGUGUCUGAAGCACUGCUGCUCUCCGCUGAGCUACCGGCAGGAGGCUUACUGGGCCCAAUACCGCUCCAACGAGGAUAAGCUCUUCCGACGCACAGCUGAGGUUCACUCCAGAAUCUUGGCAGCCAAUAACGUGAAGCAGUUCUUUGGUUUUGUGGCCCUAGACAAGGAGGAGAAGGAGCUGGUGCAGGAGUUCCCAGUGGAGGGUGUCCAGCCGAGCCCUCAGUGGAAUGCCAUUACAGGUGUCUACAUCUACCGGGAGAACAAGGGCUUCCCCCUCUACAGCCGGCUGCACAAAUGGGCCAAAGGAGUGGAAGGGAAUGGGCCAAGCCCAGAAGCUCAUGAAAUGCUCUUUUUGGCUUCCUAGGACAGUUGGGUACUGGCAGCUGUUCCCCAGACCGCCUGGUAGCCUACCAGUAUUGGUGCACAGUUGAGGUAUUCACUGGGAAUAUUCCUCUCAGCAGGAUUACUUCUCUCAGUAGGUAAACAGGGAUCAACAGCCUGAAGGCAGAGACUGAUAAGCAACACACUGAAUGCCUGGGGAACCCCUCCCUCAGAGACAGACAACUCAUUGCUGCUCCCACAGGUACAAGGGGAGUAAAAAAGGAAUGCACACCUUACCUCCAGGGUGCCAGUGCAUCCUGCCAUCUAAUGCACCAGAAGAAGCCUUGGGGAGCAAGAGGUGGGCAUGACAUUUCUAACUGUGGCUCCUGCAGUCCCACCUGUCUCCUCAGUGGUAGUAUUAGCCCAAAUCAUCCAACACACCUGCUUGUUUUACUGACAUUGGUAUUUUCUUAUGCAGUUGUGUGGUGCCCAUUAUGCAGGCACCUCUCGGAGCAUGUUACAGAACUCACAGUGUGGGGAAUAGAGGGAAGCAGUGGGUAAAUUCCUGUGGCAGGGCAAACAGAGCAGCACCUAGGAAGGAAUGGGUAGGUAGUACAGCAGCACACCAAAUAAUUGAGAGACUAAGUCAGGAAGAAUCAUCAAUACUCCUGGUACUCCAGAAAGACACCUGUAAUUACCAAGCUGGAAUUUGGGUAGGACACCAAAUUCCCUUUUUUCUUACCAAAGUGCCUGGCAAUUUCUAAUGAGCCCAAAUGGUCACAACCAUGAGUUUACAAACCCAGAAGAUGGUACCAUCAUCAAAAGAACUUUUGGGCAAGGUAGCUCAAUGGAGGCUGAAAGGAAGCAGUAUUCACAGUAAGCUAUGUGACUGCAGCUCAUUGCACUUCUCAUCCAACCACUGGAUGAGAGUUCUGCAUGUUUGUGUUGCAAGUUGCAGCAAAACUUCAACCAGAAUUAGCUUUACAUAUAUGUAUCUAUGCAUAUAUAUGUAUAGAAAGAGUAUAUAUUAUGAUUGUAGUCAGCUCUAUUAAUGGAGCAUCUUUCUUGGAGAGAAAGGGUAAAAGAAAGUUGUCAGCCAAAACCCCACUUUAUAUGCAUCUCUCUGCUGCAAUGGCACUGCAGCCCUGGAGUGGAGGGAAAGCAAAAGCAGGAUGGAGAGAACAGUCCCCUCCCUAACCUUUUACCACUGCAUUUCCUUUAAACUCACUACCUUAAAUAGUCCCUGUGGCAGGUGGUCUCUUUUAUGUACCUGGCCACAGUCUGAGAAAGCAAAACCAGAAAAGGUGUAAAACUACCACCCUCACCACAAUGUUGUAUUGACUAUGGAGUCAAGGCUGCAAUCCUGAUAUUGCAGUUCCUUUUCUCCCAAGGGUCAGCUCCAUGCACCCAGCAUUGUUUCAAGAGCUGGCAGAACAAUGAAGUUUGUUUUCUGUGCUUAUACCACUUUUUAUAGGUACAACUUCCUCCUACACUGUGCCACUUACCAAAAAGCCUUAAGUGACUCAAAUCCACAGAUCUCAGAGGGGCUUACGUACAAGGAGAUCUGAAAUACAUUAUUAAAUGAGAGUUAUUUUUCAAUUGCCUUCUGAGUAUUUUUUUAUUUCAGGGGGGGCACAAAAGGCAUAAUUUAGCAUUCUCUUUGAUUUCAAGGAUUGGAGAGUUUGAUUUUUUCCCCCUUGCUAUUAAACGUUCAGAUCUUCUCCUAUUCAAACAAACCCAGAAUGUGAAGUUUAAAGUUACUGACAGAUAUUUCAAGUUAGUUACACUUCUUUUUAGCUAUUCUUGCAGUGAACAGUACAAAUCUUGUAUACCAGGACACACAAUUGCAGCAAGGCAUAGGCAACAUAGUACAAACAUGUCCCCUUGCAAGAAAGAGCUGGAGGGUAUUCCCUUGCAUACAGAGGCUGAACACUGCUUAAUGGAAUCCCUUUUCAGCUUCUUUACAGAUUUGCCUUGCAUUUGUGGGAAGGCUUGGCUCCCAGCCUCACCAUCAACUCAUCUGCAGGAAUGAUCAGAUGCAAGUUAAGUGAAAUUGCGUUGAGAUGAAAAACAGUUCAUUUGCAUUUCUUCUCAUUGUCCCUCCAGUGUGAACUUGCAGAAACGCAUGCCACCCCCGCAUGCAGGUCAGAAGAUGCAAGGUAACUUGCUGAAACAAAGCACUGUAGCUCCUACUUCCUUUACUUCUCUUGCCCUCUUCCUUGACACUUGUUCCUUUUAACCAUCUCAAGUUCUUUGUUCUCCCCUUCCCUCCUUUGAAGGGACAAAAUAUGCAAGGCUUGGGAAUGAAUUGAUUUACCCUGAGAAUAAACCAUGAG